AUGCAGACAAAGAGCUCCGGUGCCCUGGUGGAGCAGGGGAACAUAUGCAGGCAAAGUGCAGAGCAAGCAGCCUUCAUCUUGCCUUCUGCUACAGCCUUUAUCUCUGUCUCGGGUACCUGUCCCCUCUACUUGGAUGAGAUCCGGCACUUCCUAACCCUGUGUCCAGAGCUGUCACUGGGCUGGUUUGAGGAAGGCUGCCUUGUGGCCUUCAUCAUCGGCUCGCUGUGGGACAAGGAGAGACUUACUCAGGAGUCGCUGACACUACACAGGCCCGGAGGCCGCACAGCCCACCUGCACGUACUGGCGGUGCACCGAACCUUCCGGCAGCAGGGCAAGGGCUCUGUCCUGCUGUGGAGAUACCUGCACCACCUGGGCAGUCAGCCGGCCGUGCGCCGGGCUGUGCUCAUGUGUGAGGAUGCCCUGGUACCCUUCUAUGAGAAAUUUGGCUUCCAGGCUGUGGGCCCAUGUGCCAUCACCGUGGGCUCUCUCACCUUCACGGAGCUACAGUGUUCCUUACGGUGCCACGCCUUCCUGCGCAGGAACAGCGGCUGCUGA